CCUGGUGAACGGCCUCUAUCCGCCCGGGGCCUUUGUGUCGGUGUCCCGGGACCGCACCACCCGCCUGUGGGCCCCGGACAGUCCUAACAGGGGCUUUACAGAGAUGCACUGUAUGAGUGGCCACUCCAAUUUUGUAUCCUGUGUAUGCAUCAUACCAGCAAGUGACAGCUACCCUCAUGGACUAAUCGCCACUGGAGGAAAUGACCACAACAUUUGCAUUUUCUCACUGGACAGUCCAGCGCCACUGUAUAUACUGAAGGGUCAUAAGAACACUGUUUGUAGUCUUUCGUCUGGAAAAUUUGGGACAUUACUUAGUGGCUCGUGGGACACCACCGCCAAAGUCUGGCUGAAUGACAAAUGCAUGAUGACUUUACAGGGCCAUACAGCUGCAGUAUGGGCAGUAAAGAUAUUACCUGAACAGGGAUUGAUGUUGACUGGGUCUGCUGACAAAACCAUCAAGCUGUGGAAGGCUGGAAGAUGUGAGAGGAACUUUACAGGACACGAAGACUGUGUAAGAGGUUUAGCAAUUUUGAGCGAAACAGAAUUUCUCUCCUGUGCAAAUGAUGCUAGUAUUAGAAGGUGGCAAAUCACUGGCGAGUGUCUUGAAGUAUAUUAUGGCCAUACCAAUUAUAUUUAUAGCAUAUCUGUCUUUCCAAAUUGUAAAGGUUUUGUGACAACAGCAGAAGACAGGUCUCUGAGAGUCUGGAAACAUGGGGAGUGCGCUCAGACAAUUCGACUUCCCGCGCAGUCUGUAUGGUGCUGCUGUGUGCUGGACAAUGGGGACAUCGUGGUUGGUGCGAGUGAUGGUAUUAUUAGAGUUUUUACAGAAUCAGAGGACCGGACAGCAAGUGUUGAUGAAAUUAAGGCUUUUGAAAAAGAACUUGCACAGGCAACCAUUGAAUCCAAAACUGGUGAUCUGGGGGACAUUAAUGCUGAGCAACUUCCUGGGAGAGAACAUUUGAACGAGCCUGGCACUAGAGACGGGCAGACUCGUCUGAUCAGAGAUGGAGAGAGAGUUGAAGCUUAUCAGUGGAGUGUAAGUGAACAACGAUGGAUGAAAAUCGGUGAUGUUGUUGGCUCAUCAGGUGCUACUCAGCAAACAUCUGGAAAAGUUUUAUAUGAAGGGAAAGAAUUUGAUUAUGUUUUCUCAAUUGAUGUCAAUGAAGGUGGACCAUCAUAUAAAUUGCCAUAUAAUACCAGUGAUGAUCCCUGGUUAACUGCAUACAACUUUUUGCAGAAGCAUGAUUUGAAUCCCAUGUUUUUGGAUCAAGUGGCUAAGUUUAUUAUUGAUAACACAAAAGGUCAAACAUUGGGGCUUGGGAACACCAAUUUUUCAGACCCAUUCACAGGUGGAGGGCGCUAUGUUCCCGGCUCUUCCUCGGGGUCUUCCAACGCAUUGGCUGCUGCAGAUCCUUUCACAGGUGCCGGUCGUUAUGUACCUGGUGCCACCAGUGUGGGCCCUUCCAUGGUUGGAGUUGAUCCAUUUACAGGGAGUAGUGCUUACCGAUCAGCUACAUCUAAAACAGUGAAUAUUUAUUUUCCAAAAAAAGAAGCUGUCACUUUUGACCAAGCAAACCCAACACAAAUAUUAGGUAAGUUGAAGGAACUUAAUGGAACUGCAAUUGAGGAGAAGAAGUUAACUGAGGAGGACUUGAUAUUUCUGGAAAAGAUCCUGUCUUUAAUAUGUAAUAAUUCUUCGGAGAAACCUACAGCCCAGCAACUCCAGAUUUUGUGGAAAGCUAUUAAUUGGCCUGAAGACAUUGUCUUUCCUGCCCUUGACAUUCUUCGACUGUCCAUUAAACAUCCCAGUGUGAACGAGCACUUCUGCAAUGAAAAGGAAGGGGCCCAAUUCAGCAGUCAUCUUCUCCAUCUUCUGAGCCCUAAAGGAAAACCAGCAAACCAGCUGCUUGCUCUCAGGACUUUUUGCAAUUGUUUUGUUGGCCAGGCAGGACAAAAGCUCAUGAUGUCCCAGAGGGAAUCAUUGAUGUCCCGUGCAAUAGAACUGAAAUCAGGGAGCAAUAAGAACAUCCACAUUGCUCUGGCUACAUUGACCCUGAACUACUCUGUCUGUUUUCAUAAAGACCAUAACAUUGAGGGGAAAGCUCAAUGCUUGUCAGUAAUUAGCACAGUCUUGGAAGUUGUACAAGACCUAGAAGCCACAUUUAGACUUCUUGUGGCUCUUGGGACACUUAUCAGUGAUGAUUCCAAUGCUGUACAAUUAGCCAAGUCUUUAGGGGUUGAUUCUCAAAUAAGAAAAUAUGUCUCAGUUUCAGAACCAGCUAAAGUAAGUGAAUGCUGUAGAUUUAUACUAAACUUGCUGUAGCAAUGGGGUGGGGGCUAAGACUUUAAAUUGUUUACUUUUAUUUCUUUCUCACAUUUUACAUGACUGAUUACUGAUGGUAAAACAAAAUACUGUGGAUGAAGUAACAUUUCAGAUAUUGUAAAGUGGGGGGAGAGGGGUGACAAGAGGAAAAAUAAAAAAAAAAGUUUUGCACUGACGAACUGUGAGAUUGUACUGUGUAGUGUGGGUAGGUUUUCACGAGUAAAGAACAAACUCUAAUCAGCAGCCCAACCACUACCGUGGCAUUCUGCCCUUACUUUAGCGACUCAGGAAACAAGGGCUUUUAUUACUACAGCCAUACCCUAAACUGUAGGCGGUUAUCUUUUAUUCACUUUCUGAUCUUUUCACCUCUGGUCCACUGGUGCAUUCUUUUAAUAGCCUACUAACAUUUCAAGGUCUUCUUUUAAGAUACAUUAUUUAACAUUAAAAAAAUAAAAAACAAAUCAAACUCGUGAAUUAAACCAGAUAUUGAAAAAAUGCAUAAUGAUUCUUUGAAAUCAUUUAGAAAUAGAAAUUAUAUUUGUUUAUCAGCUAAUGUUUAGAGGGGGGAAAAAGCAUAUUACUAAGCUAUGUGAUAUGAGUCACAUGUGAAUUCAGACAAGGCUCAACAUUGAACCUAAAAUUAUGAUCCAGUUUCUUUUGCUUAUCAUUUGGGUUAAUUUUAUUUUCAUUCCAGUUUUAAUAUUUGAUUACAUAUUUGAUGAUAUUUGGUCAUUUGCAUGAUUUCAAAGAGAAUUCAGUAAGUACUUUUAUUAAGCUGUGAGCAAGCAAGGGUAUGGUAUGUCAAACUUCUUUUUUUUUUUCCGGAAGCCAGAGCAUGUCAUGAAACAAGGGGCUCUGAUGGUGUAGUGGUUACGCAUUGGGCUGUGAUUCACAUGGUUGGUAGUUCAAAACCACCAGUGCUCCACAGGGGAAAGACUGGGCUUUCUACUCCCCUAAGCAGUUAGUUUUUGCAAAUCCACAGGGGGCCACUAUGAGUCAGCACUGACUCAGUGGCAGUGAGUUUGGUUUUGUUUUGUUCUGGCACUGUGUUAAUAAACACUUUGUUUUCUAAUCCUCCAAACUCCUUUAAAUAGAAAGUGGUGGUCUAUCUAUUUUUAGAAGUAAAAUAGAAUUAAUAAAGAGGAAGAGGAAAAGCAGCAGUGAGCUAAAUAUUCAAAGUGCAGGCCAUCCUCUACUUCUUGGGUAAGGAACUACAACAUCUUAAGGAAUUAACACAGAGAGGGAGGUGUCUCGUUAAUGCCACAACUCAUUCUACAGAAGAUAACCCAGUUCUCUUAGAAUUCGAGCUAGUUUUCUUUUUCAAAAUGACAGAGGCCUUUUAAAAAGGGUUUUCAUGAAGAUGAAUUCCCAACAUUUAUAGUAUUCUUUACCAAAAAUUCUUGAUCUCAUGGCAAAAUGAAGUCUCAAAGAGCAGUUCUCUAGUAGGGGAGGAAGAGCUUCUUCUAAUUAAUCUUCACAGUUAAUUCAAGGAAAAUCGGUAGGACUGUCCAGAGACCUGGUUGCUGUCGAGUCAACUCCAACUCACAGAGACCCUGUGUAGAAUUUCUGAGGCUAUGAGUCAUCAUGGGAGCAGGUAACAUCUUUCUCCGUGGAGCAGCUGGUAGAUGUGAACCACCAAUCUUGCAGUCAUCAGUCCAGCUCUUAACCAAUAGCACCACCAGGGCUCCAAAUGAAAAGAGAAGGACCAUGAUUUGUUCAGUAUUAAAUUACAAGUUCCUGGUGUGUGCUGCUAAGAAUUUCACCGGUUCAAUCUACUCCCUUACGAUACAUUUUUUUCCCCUUAACGUCUUCAGUGUGGCAUUCAAGGGUAUGUACGAACAUCUGUGCAAUAUAUUGGAAUACUGAAUACCUGGAUAAUGGUAGGGUGUGUAGCAUUGGUUAAGAAUGUGAGUUCACUCUUCAAAAUGAAAGAAGUAGCAAAUUGUGAACACUGUAUGCUGCAUGUUAGUAUGCAAAUCUUCUUGUAACAACUUUUAUUAUACCAAUUAAAUCUUUUUUUAUUGAAGACUUAUACAGUUUUGUAAAAGGAAAUAAGCCAAACCAGAAUGAUAAUGGUAAAAGAGUGAAUUUCAUGAACAAAGUAUUCUUUUUCCCUUUUUUAGUUAAAUAUUUUUUUUCAUGAUUGUUUUAUGUCUCUCCAAGGUAUAAAAGCAAUAUACCCUUCCGAGUAAAAACAAAAACAUCAAAAAUUGUUUGUGACUCUGGGUAGUGACCCAGAGACAAUCAUUCGUAAUGUUUUGUGACAUGUCCAUAUGUCUGUAAGAAUGUGUUUAAUUAAAAUAAAAUAAGGAUUCUGUUAGACUUUA